CCACGUGCAUAGGCACUCAUCAAGUUAUGGAACGUAAUAUCGUUCAUUUCGACUCCCGCUUCUUGCAUCUGAGUCAGCACUUGCUGCACGCGUUGAGGGUCUCCGGCUGCGCCCGCAACAGCGAGCAACGCCGAGUACACGCCCAGGUUCGGGAUGGAUCCACGUUUCACCGCUACGUCAAAGAGAUGGAACCCUUUGUCCACGUCUCCAAGUGCUGCACAGGCCUGAAUAGCACUGGCAAGAGCAGGGUUCAGUAGAAACACGUCCUGACUCAUGAGCUUCUCAGCCAACGCUACGACCUCUUGAUUACGACCUGCCCUCUGGUAGAUCCGAACGCACUCCAUCUCGGCCUUACCGUGGGUGUUCUGAGCCUUCUCGACGAUGUGGCAAAGAGGAAUAGCAGCCGUACAUUGCUCCCGAGUCUUGCAGAGCUGCAGUACGGCACUGGCACGACGCAGAUAGUCCAUGCUGGGCUGGAAGCGCGGGCCUUGGCGCUUGGCUUCAUGUACUAAUGCAUCCAAGUCAUUAACCACUUGGGUGCGCGGCGGGCGACGUCGGCCCGAAGUGGAGUUGGAUUUGCGCAGACUCGAAUUUGCACGACCAGGCUUGCGAGCUGGAGACUUGCGCUCCGCCCCCGCAGCGUACAAUAGCGCUGGUGAUGCAGAGAUCGUACGAACAGCAGUGAACGCAUGUUGGCGACUAGUUAGCGCUACGCGCGACAGGCGGAGAAGCCCUCGCUGCAUGAUACACGGACGCACAGCGAGCAACCCCACGUCAACAGUGUAUCUCCCUACACUUUGGACUUGUGGUGAUAAGCUGGACUCGAUCACAGUUCAUAAUGUGAUAUAUGAUAGGUUUUUUGUACCGAAAUGAUUGAUGCAAAUUACACCGAGACACACAACGAGCUUUGUGGACCGCACUCUGAUUCGCAUCAAGUAAUAAAACCUUGAGUCGGUGGCCAUGUUGCCACCCAGGUCUUUCCUGAUGCAGAAGCUGAGCGCGCCUUACGACGGCGGCGUCAGCGCUGCAGUGACACCUGUGCCUACGGGUGACAAGAGUGACGUAUUGAAGUCUAAGAACCCCAAGAAGAGCAGCGAGAAGACGUCCAACAUCGGCUGGAUUUUGAGUCUCACCAAGGAGGAGAAGCUGCCGCUGGCUGUGGGCAUCACGGGCAUGACUAUCGCCUCGGGUAUGAACUUGGUGUUCCCGCGCAUCAUGGGCAAGGCGAUCGACGUCGCGUCGGGCAAACCUGCGCCUGGUGGCCUCAGCCGCAAAGGCUUUGUGGUUGUAGUGCUCGCCACCUUCUUCACCGGUUCCGUGGGCUCAUUCCUGCGCACCUACUCUCUUGGCAUGGUGGCCGAGCGCAUCGCUGCCAAGCUGCGUCGCAGACUAUACAAGGUGCUGCUGUCUCAGGAGCUGGGCUUCUAUAAUAACCGCAAGGUUGGGGAAUUGGUGACCAGGCUCAGUGGAGACUGCCAGCAGACAGCCAAUGCGGUGGUCGACGUGCUGUCUAAUGGCUACAGGUCACUCAACUCGGCUGUGGGUGCGUCCUGCAUGCUGCUGACCAUCUCGCCUAAGCUCACGUUGGUGUCACUGACCAUCUUGCCGCUCGUCGGUACCGGAGCCAUGCUCUUCAGCAAGUUUUCGAGUCGACUAUCCAAGAAGCAUCAUAACUCGGUCGCAGACAUGACGGGGAUUGCCGAGGAGAGACUGAACAAUAUUUUCACGGUGAAGUUGUUCUCCGCGGAGCAGGACGAGCUGGACCACUUCGAGAAGAUCAACAAGAACAUCUUGGCCAAUGCCAAACGUGCUAAGCGUGCUCGCGGUGCGUUUAUGGGUGGUCUAUCGCUGUCGAUCAACUGCUCGUUGUUCUCCGUGCUGUACUUCGGCGGAUCGCUGGUGGGAUCAGGUGAGCUGACGAUUGGUACGCUCACGUCGUUCGCGCUGUACAGCGGAUUCAUGGGUCUUGGAUUCUCCGGCGUGUCGUCGUGCCUGAGCGAGAUGAAAAAGACGCGUUUGUCUUCUGAAGCGCUCUUCGACCUGCUGUCGCUGCCGCCUGCUGCGGAUGGUGAGAACACGCUGGUCAAUGUGAAGGGCCACGUUCGCUUCAACAACGUGUCGUUCGCGUAUCCGUCACGCCCGGACAUUUUGGUGCUGGACAACCUCAACAUGGAGAUCAACCCUGGUGAGGUGGUGGCGAUCGUCGGCAAGAGCGGAGCUGGCAAGACUACUAUUGCGUCGCUGAUGUCGAAGAUCAUCAAGCCCACGAGCGGCACGGUGACCCUGGAUGGUGUGGAUAUUGCUACGUUGAAGGCGUCGUGGCUGCGCAAGCAGAUUGGUGUCGUCAACCAGGAGCCGUCGCUUUUCGCUUCUACUAUCGCUGAGAACAUCAUGUACGGUGCUGAGGUGCACAACAAGGAUCAACUCAUCGCUGCAGCUAAAGAGGCACACGCGCACGAGUUCAUCAUGGAGCUGCCUAACCAGUACGACACGUUCGUGGGUGAGAAGGGCGUGGAGCUAUCUGGUGGACAGAAGCAGCGCAUUGCCAUUGCUCGUGCGCUGUACAAACAAACCAACAUUUUGCUUUUCGACGAAGCCACGAGCUCCCUUGACGGUCGCAGUGAGGACAUGAUUCGUCGUGCCCUGCAGUCAGCUGCUGAGAACCGGACCGUGUUUAUUAUUGCGCACCGACUCAACACCAUCAAGCAUGCGAACCGUAUCAUUCUGCUAGAGGAGGGCGUCAUUGCCGAGACUGGUACGUUCGAGGAGCUGAACAAGGAAGGCAGCAAGUUUUACAACCUCGCUCACAACCAGGCUCCGUUGCUUUAGAUGCAGCGGGUUAAGAACUUUGGUUGGUACUUAUUGGGGAAAUAUAAGCUCGUCUUCUGUCUCUCUCCUGCGACCUACUCGGCUUUGUUGGAGAUCGAAUCUUGCGUGCUUUCGUUCUGGAGUUUUACGGUGCACGAAGGGCACUGAGAGAUGACCAUCUCCAGCUGAUCGGCGUAUCCAUUCAUCUGCGCCAAGUUUUCCUAUACACAGAAGCAUUGUCCAGUGUCAUCUCAACCGAAUCAUUGGACAACCUCACCGAAUCCACCAUACCUCUAGCAUCUUCAGACGUCCUUCCAGAGCUUCUUUGCCUUCAUCAUUUGUAGAAUUGCUGUCUGACGAGUUGGCGUGUUGCUUCGAACGCAAAAUCUCUAGCAUUUGCAUCAGCUCCUCGAUUUUGGAAUCCUUUGCCUCAAUUUCUUGCGCGGACGUUCUGCUGUCAGUUAGAACUCCCACGUGUUUGCAUUCAAGCGCCUUGUACUUGUCUAAAUUGCAAGAUCGCACAGCUUAUUAGACAUGCCAAUUCUUGCAGCUUCCAACUUUGCGUACCCAUUAGAGCCGAAUGGUCCGACUCGAGUUUGGCCAUCUGAGUCUGCAGAUCUACAAUUUGGUGCUCCCUUUCAACGCGACCACCUCCUUGCUGGUUGGUAUCCGCAGAGGGCAACGGAUUCACCAAGGCAUCAGCGUGCUUGGUCUUAAUCUGUUCAACUACGACAUUUUCUGGCUGUUGUUCUUGGG